UCUCUCCAGCAGAGGCACCUCCCUCUGGGAUGUCCAAGAAUGGAUACUUCUUUCAGGAAAUGGAGCAGCGGGAGGUGGAGCCGGAGGAGGGCAGCGAGGGCCAGGAGGAGGAGGGCCAGGACUCGCCGAUCACCUGCGGAGACGACAUUCACCUCUACGACAACCAGCUCAGCCCCGGGCCAGACGCUGACGACUCUGGCUGUGUGUUGCUGAACACGUCAAGAAAGUAUGUGAAGCUGAUGAACUUCGAGGAGGAGAUCCGGGCUCACAGGGACCUGGACGGCUUCCUGGCGCGGGCCACCAUCCUGCUGGACGAGACCGCCGCCUCGCUGGACGACGUUCUGAAGAGGAUGCUGCACAGCGUGGGCCAGGACAGCAACGCAUCCGAACCCACCUGCAACUUCGAGGAGGUGAUGAGCAUGCUGUUCACUGACGCCGGAGCGCAGGAGGUCAACGUGCACCUGCUGUCAGAGACGAUCCAGGGAGCUACAGCCACCGCCACCGGCAUCCAGUACCAGCAGUCCUGGCUCUGCAUCCUCUGCAACGUGAAGUAUCUCCAGAGGCGUCACGUGUGCAUCUCCCGCCUGGAGAGGCCACAAAACUGGGGGGAGAACUGCUGCGAGGUCCGCUAUGUCAUCCUGAUCCUCGCCCCAUCCAAAAUGAAAAGCACCAAGACAGCGAUGGAGCUGGGCAGGACGUUCGCCACGCUCUUCUCCGACAUCUCCUUCAGGCAGAAGCUCCUGGAGACCAAGACCCAGCAGGAGUUUAAGGAGGCGCUGGUGUUCCAGAGGCACCAGCUGACGGCAACCCUCCAGCAGCCCACCGCCCUGGGGAAGGAAGAGACGGACCCCCGCAGUCAAAAGCCCCUCGAGUAUAAAGACUUCUUAAGAGCCGGCCGGGGGAUUUACGAGGACCUGUGCCGCCGCCUACCUCACUACCCCUCCGACUUCACAGAUGGUAUAGUCGGCAGUAAUAAAACUCUGCUGAAGUACAUGACCACCGCCAUCUUCCUCUACAUCGCCAUCCUCCUCCCCGCCAUCGCCUUCGGAUCCCUCAACGACGAGAGCACACGUGGGGAGAUAGAAACAGAGUGGAACGGCUGCGAGCUAAAGGCUAAUGUUUUCUCUGUUAAUCUGACAACUUGA